AUGGCAGCGCGUCCGGAAAACAUCGAGGAAUGGUUGCACCUAGUUCCGCACUUGCUUUCCUCGGCCGGCUGGCACAGCAUCGCUGAAGCUCCGUCAGUGGGCCUCUGCCAUUGCACUUGCCCAUGGGGUGGGAAUUUGGUGAAGCUUGCAGUGCUGGACUUGCAGGUGGAGCAUGUUCCCAAGGAUUCCGCGCGCAUCAUGGUCCGACCGGAGACGCGCGCAUGGGGAGUGAGGACCCUCGCGGAAUCGAACGCGGAGCAAUUCGCCGUGCUAGAGCAAUUUGCACCAGGAGACGCGAUCGUGAACCGACGUGCAUGCUGGAAGGCAUUGCGCACCUGGGCAGUUCUCCUCGGCGACACCGGCACGGAGUUCCUGCAGGCCAACUUCUUCUACGAGAGCAAACGGAGCCAGGACGAUCUGGAUGCAGAGGAAGACGGGGUCUCUGUUCUCGCGCUCAGGACCUUCUCAAGCCUUUCGGAGGAGCCCUUCGAAGCCGUAAACUUCUGCCGUCCACAGGCGGUACUGGGGGUUGUCAAUGUGUAUCAGAUCUUCCAUAUUCCCAGCCGCAUUAACCUGUCCAAGUGGGCGACUGCGCAUUGGGACAAGGCACUGGAAGCAGUCAGGAGAACUGCACGAUACUAUCUCAAUCGACCAGGCAUGAUCCAGAUGCGGACGUUUGAUCAGCAGUGCUACAUUGUCCUGAGCAUCCAGAGCUUCAAGCGGGGAUUCCCCAUGCUCCCAGUGCCCUGUGACGAAUUCGGCAGUGCAGGUGUCACUACAAUUAAUGCGGGCAGAAGCAUGGGGUUGACAACUUGGGCCCGCUACGAUCCUGCAAAAUUUGGAAGUGAUCGAUUCUUAUUGUCCGAGUAUUUGAAGGUCUUCACGAAGUUUCUUGGUGAACCUUUGAAUUUCUACCAAUCCUUGGACGGACAAGAGCUGCGGUACUUCCAAUGCGUAGUUGCUCGGGAAGACUGGUCCCGUGUCCAGGGCUUCUUGAAAGAUGCCUACCUCUUGCAGAAGACGGCCUACCGUCGCGCCAAUGGCGGGGCACAAGCACCGGGAUUGACGGAGACAAACGAGCCACGCUUCAACCAAGAAAUCUGCUUCGCAUCCCUUGCAGAGCGAACCAAGCAACAUGCAGCAAUGCAGGCCCAGCAGAAGGUACUGGUUCGCAAGACCUUCAUUGAGAGGGAAGAGGACAGUGACGAGGAGGAGCUUCUGCGAAGCAGCCGACGCUGCCGGACGGAGACGCAUCGGAUUGCAAUUCGCUACGUCGGCGUGGCCUGA